GUAAGAGAACAACCAAAUAUCGGGGAGCAACGAUUUAUGAACUAUUUUCUAUUCCAGGAAACGAUAGCCAAACGGCCGGAUAGAAACUGUGAAACAGUUGUAAAAAUAAUCGGCGUUCUGUUGGACCUGAGUAAUCAAGAGUGGGUAAAUCCAUCGGAGAUUACCAGGCUCUUAAAGGCGGCGGCCAAUAUCAUGACCCUAUUGAAUCAGAAAGAGUACGACGCCAUCCAUCAAGUCAUACAAAAGAAUGGGUCGGCCUUAGUCUAUCGCUUUAAAGAAAGCACAAGUUUCAGCGUCCGAUAUGCGAUAAUGAGUUUGAUAUUUGAGAUUAACCCCAACUACGAACCGAACAAGACACGACGCGAAAAUUUACUUAAGAAUGUCGUCCUACCGCUAGACAAACACGCCAAGCUGCAGAGUAUGAUGGAAUGGAAUCGGGCUAACUUUCAAAUGAACUGUCGGCAAUAUCUGCACCAAUUUCCGAACAGAAAGUAUCAUUCUUCAGUGGUAAUCGGCAUAGAGCUAAACGAUGUCACAUUGCAUCCGAUCAAAGAUGCCAGCCAUUGGCUUGUUGAGUGGAACAAGAACCCAUCCAGUGUUUGCUUUGCUGGGCGUGAAUCCACGGAAGAAAAUGCUCCGAUAGUAGAGACAGAAAUCGAGUACCGGGAGAUAAAAUCAUUGUCCACUAUUCAUGGUAAAGCUAGCACCAGGGUUAAGGUUUCGUUUAAAGAAAGCUUAACACUUAUGGAUUGCAGCUACAGUACUGUUCGCGAACCAGUCAUGUGCAUCGAACUGCCUGCCGAUGAGCUUGGACAGUUGAAGGGAUUCUUGGGUCUCAUGUCGGCCUAUUAA